CCUUCAAUAUCUACCGCGAUUGCGCUGGUUGCUGGAACACGCAGUCGUACGUCGGCGAUUUUGUCGUGUCGUCGGGUGUCUGCGAAAAUUACACGGCCACGCUGACAGGAUGCCGUCGGCUCGGAGAAUGAUCCUGGGCCACGUUAUGUCCGGUUUGUGCAGCAAGAUGAAUCGCCGGAAAAAGUUGGAGGGUGACCUUCUGGAAACUCCGAUGAACCGAUGUCUCUCCACCUUCGACAUCACGUUACUCGAUUUCCAGGUGUGGGUCACAUGGUCGGUGCCGGGAUUUACGUGCUGACGGGAACGGUCGCGCACGACAAGGCCGGACCCGGCGUGAUCAUCAGCUUCCUCAUAGCCGGUCUGGCCUCCGUUUUGGCGGCGCUUUGUUACGCUGAGCUCGCCGCGCGGGUGCCAAAAGCGGGUAGCGCGUACGUCUACACGUACGUCUCUGUCGGCGAGUUUCUGGCUUUCAUCAUAGGCUGGAACCUCAUCCUGGAACACAUGAUCGGCGCAGCAUCCGUGGCAAGAGCUUGGAGCGGGUACGUGGACUCGUUAGUGGGCGGUGCGAUUAGCAAUUACACCCAUGAUUUACUGGACGACUACAUUAUGGGACAGCCUCUGGGAAUCUUCCCGGAUUUCCUGGCGAGCGGAUUAUGCCUGGCUUACGCGAUGCUUUUGGGAUUAGGGGUGAAGACCUCAGCGACCGUGAACUCGGUUCUGACCAUCGUGAAUCUCGCGGUGAUGAUGUUGGUCGUCGUUUUGGGAAUUUGUUACGCGGACAUCUCAAACUGGGGCAACCAAAACGGAGGUUUUCUGCCAUACGGCUUCGGCGGUGUAAUCACGGGCGCGGCAACGUGUUUCUACGCCUACGUCGGGUUCGAUUCGAUCGCAACCUCCGGGGAGGAGGCUCGUGAUCCGGGGCGAAGCAUUCCGAAGGCGACGAUUCUCUCUAUGGCGAUAGUGAUCAUCGGAUACAUGUUGGUCAGCGGCGCUUUGACACUGGUCGUGCCGUAUUGGGAGAUACAUCCCACCGCUGCUCUGCCGGAGGCCUUUUCGUUCAGAGGUAUUCCAUGGGCCAAAUACGUGAUCAGCGUGGGUGCUCUCUGCGGCAUGACAACGACUCUCUUCGGAUCCCUGUUCUCUCUCCCGAGGACGAUGUACGCCAUGGCAAACGACGGUCUGUUGUUCAGCUUUCUCGGCCGUAUCAGCGAACGAACUCAAGUGCCGGUGUGCAAUCUUAUCAUAAGCGGACUGCUCAGUGCCCUGAUCGCUCUUCUGUUCGAUCUCCAGCAUCUGGUGGAGUUCAUGUCGAUUGGGACUCUGCUCGCGUACACCAUCGUAGCGGUCAGUGUCAUUCUGCUGAGAUAUACACCUGAGCAGCAACCGUCUGACCGGACCAGCGUCGGUACACCGAGCAGUUUGUCGUCGCCACCUACGGAGGAAGCGGAUUCCAGCAGUUACAGCAGCAUCGCAUCCGUUAAGUCCGAAUUGCUAUGUGAGGGCGUUGGGAGAUUCAAGCCACGAUACGCCUGGUUGGAAGACACACUAGAAGGAUGCGAUACCAGACACAUCAUAGCCGUUUGUUUAAGCGUCUAUACGAUAACCUGCGCGGUUCUCAGUACUUUUCUGAUAAUAACACUUGAAACAGCAGUUUCGUUCACGAAAAAUGAUUAUCUAGUUGCGGCGAGUUAUAUUUUGCUAUCCUUUGCAAUUUUGUUUGUAGGUCUUUUCGUGAUUUGCGCCCAUAAACAAAAUCCGCCCAAUGGAAAGUUUCGAGUACCGCUAGUACCUUUUAUACCAGCAUUAAGCAUUUUGUUUAACAUGGGUUUGAUAAUGCACUUGUCUUUGGUGACGUGGUUACGGUUUGUCGUGUGGAUGACACUCGGAAUGAUGAUUUACUUUCUAUACGGUAUCCACUACAGCAAAGAAGCCGCUACUACUCCAAAUUCGUACUCCAUUUUGAUGGCCACUUCGGAAGCCGAAAAAGGUACAAAAUGGGGAUCAACGUUGCGAGUCAGUCCACAGACUGACAAAACACCUAUUUUGGAUGACAAAGAGCACUAAAAACAAGUUAAGUUUUUCGGUUUUUUUUCUCGUUUAAAUUGUCUUAGUGAAGCCGCAGAAAUAGGAUAAAUCUUACCACCCAAGUAAAGUUGAAGUUGUCUGUUCAACGAAUUCUACUACUGUACAAAGUUCAAAAUUCACAUACAAUAAUUUAGUGCAUUGCAGAAGAAAAUACGUUUUUUAUUUGGUUUAGACUAUAUCUUACUGUUUUUAAAUUUAUUUCUGACGUUUUUUUUUCAGCGGCUUUGGUUUAUUUAUCGCUUGCAAUUCGUAUGUAUAAAACAUAUGUUUUGUAAAUACUGUCUAAAACUCGAACAACUAAGCAUGUAAUUUAUUUAUUUUUUUUUGACAAAGUUUUAUCUAGUAUCAAAAUUUAUAUUGUUUAUAUUUAUCUCGUUCAACUCUGUUAUGAUAAUAAUUGUUGAUAGUUUUAAGAUUUUACUUUUGUAACAUGAUGGACAGUAUUCUUCCUUUCUGGAACGUGACUAUUAUCAUGUAGUCACGAAAUUAAUCGAUAUGUUUGACACUACUGUGUUACAAGUUUCGGUGUGUAAGUGCUGUGUGUGCAGCGCUUACCUAAAACUUGGAGAGAAAAAUGUAACUAAAAAAAAUCUUUAUGUGAUAUAUAUUUUGUUAUACGCACAAUUUACAUAUUUUGUGAUGAGAAGUUUAUUAUUGCUUUCUUUAAUUUGAUUCUAUCUAUUAAAUGUAGAAAGAUGAAAUAUUUCCAUUGUCACACAAAGUGUCAUUUAUUAUGAUGAACUUGAAGUUUGAUAAAACAUCUUGAUUCGUAUAAAUUUACAUUCUCGUAUAAAACAAAACACCAGAUUAAUAUACCUUGAAAACAAAAACAAGAAGACUUAUUAGUUUAUUGUUAUAAAAAAAAAAAAAAAAUGAUCUGACAAUGCUGACAAUAUUGGCUUGCAUCACGGCAAUCGAUAAAAUUAAGAUAAAUAUUACAACUCGGUUGAAAAUACGCAUACGUUUAUUUGAAUGUGAUACAAAUCAAGAAAAAAAUAGAAAAAAAGAAAAUUGAUCAAACUGCAAAGGAGAAUCAGAACGCAGAACAUUUUGCGGAAGACUAAUUCUGAUGAAAAAAAAAAUAUAUAUAUUGUACAUCAACAAAGAAUAUAGAGCUGUAUUAUUUACAUAAUGAUAUACUAUCGUCUACAUAAAAUCUAUGAUUUGAAUUGUACAUAUAUAUGUCGUGCGUGACAUUACAUGGAAAGUAUACAACAACAUAAUGUAUUGACGAUAGAUGAAAAUGCUAUAAGUCAAGAAGCAUGUAAAAGACAACACUAUAUAUAUUUAAAAUACAAAAAAAGCAAAAAUUUAUUUCUUAAGAGAUAUUUAUAUAUAUACUUUUAAUUAAUGUAAUAGUAAAUAAUAGAGAAAUAUAGAUUAGUAAUGCAAAGUCUCUCUCAAAAGCAAAUAUAGAUACAUACAUACAUAUAUAUAUAUAUAUGUACGUAUAUAAACAAUGUGUCCUGCAAUUAUGAGUCAAAUAAACGAUUGCGUCUUAUUUAUUUACGAAAAUAGUUUUUAACAAAAUCGAGUACAAAUUCCUGCAUGAGUAUACAUAAAACAACUACAAUAUUGAUGUUUGAAUUCAUCGCAGUUAAUAUAACGCACGAUUCGCUUGUGCGAUUGAUCUUUGUUGUGUGUCACAACAUUGUCUUUGUGCAACAUAUUGAUCGUCACAAUAUCCUCGCGGGAGAUUCACGUUAUCUGUUGACAGUAACGUCUAGCCGAUUAUCUAACUUGCGUAUUUUCAUAUCUGAUAUUCCGUUUUACAUCUAUAUAAUUUCGCUAUAUUAUUUAUCUAUAUUAUUUCUCUAAUUUUUAAAUGACUAUAUGUGUCAAGAAAAGGUACAACAAAGCACAAUAAAAUACAUAUAUCGGUUUUAACUGUUUAUAUACGAAAAGUUUUUUUAUUAUAACAUCAGGCAUUGAACAUUCAUCACUUUGUAUGCGCAUGUAAAAUACUUUCGGACGUAUUUAUACAAUAAACUCAUGUUGCACGUCAUGUUUCACAUUGGUUUUACAAAAUUUCUAUGAAACAUCUGUAAAUACAAUUCCGUGCAAAAUAUUAUUAUUAUUUGCAACAAAUAAUAAUAUUCAACAUGCUAAUCUCUUUUCACAGAAAAAAUACCAAAAAUUAUAAAUUAUUAUUUACUUAUACAAAUUUUUCUAUAAAUGAGAUACAUAAUAACGCUCUGUAAAAAAAUAAAACAUUUCGCUUCUUUCUCAAUACAACAUUCAGGAAAACAUUUGACUUGUCGAAUAGCGUUAACAAAUAAAUUACAUAUGUAUAUAACAAAAUAUUUGUUCUAUAUAU